AUGGCGUCGGUGGCCGGUGGCCGAGAAGUGCCGACGUGGCAGCCUCAGGAGGAGGGCGUGCGGGAGGUAUGUGCUCUUCUGGAGAAGCAGAUGGCUCCGACCUCCGACGACAAGUCGGUGAUUUGGCAGAAGCUGAAGCACUACUCUCAGUUCCCCGAUUUUAACAAUUACCUCGCUUUCAUUUUGGCGCGCGGGGAGGGGAAAUCGGUGGAGGUAAGACAGGCAGCAGGUUUGCUUCUGAAAAAUAAUUUGAGAAGCGCAUCCAAAACCAUGCCACCAGCAAACCGACAUUACAUAAAAUUAGAGUUGUUAUCUUGUAUGGGAGCUCCAGAUAAGCAAAUUAGGUCCACAGUCGGGUCAAUCAUCAGUACUUUUGUUCAGAUUGGUGGAGUUUCGGACUGGCCGGAGUUGCUUCAUGCACUUGUCAAGUGCUUAGAUAGUAAUGAUGUCAAUCACAUUGAAGGUGCAAUGGAUGCCUUGUCAAAGAUUGGUGAAGAUGCUCCUCAAGUUCUAGACUGUGAUAUACCUGGACUAUCCGAAAGACCAAUUAAUGCUUUCAUUCCGAGAUUUCUACAGUUGUUUCAAUCUCCACAUGGUACUCUAAGAAAACUAUCAUUGGCUUCAAUGAAUCAAUACAUUAUGCUAAUGCCUACGGUUCUGCAUUUGUCCAUGGAUAAAUACUUGCAAGGUUUAUUUGUUAUUGCUAAUGACCCUACUCCAGAGGUUCGGAAGUUGGUAUGCGCUGCUUUCGUCCAGCUAAUUGAAGUUAGUUCUGCUAUCUUGGAGCCACAUUUGAACAAAGUAAUUGAAUAUAUGCUGCUAGUCAGCGAAGAUACCGAUGAUGAAGUGGCUCUAGAAGCCUGUGAAUUUUGGUCCGCUUAUUGUGAAGCUGAACUGCCUCCUGAAAACUUGAGAGAGUUUUUGCCACGUCUUAUACCAAUUUUGCUCUCAAACAUGGAAUACACUGAUGAUGAUGAAUCUCUUUUGGAAGCUGAGGAAGAAGGAUCUAUUCCAGACAGAGAUCAGGAUUUGAAGCCCCGGUUUCAUUCAUCCCGUUUUCAUGGAUCUGAUGAUGUUGAAGACGAGGAUGAUGACACAGUAAAUGUUUGGAAUUUACGCAAAUGCAGUGCAGCUGCUCUCGAUUUUCUCUCUAAUGUAUUUGGAGACGAGAUUUUACCCACUUUGAUGCCCAUUGUACAGGCAAAACUGUCAGCUACAGGUGAUGAAGCUUGGAGAGACAGGGAAGCUGCAGUUUUAGCACUUGGUGCUAUAGGCGAGGGUUGCAUUAAUGGUCUAUAUCCUUAUCUCUCAGAGAUCAUUGCGUUUCUUAUUCCACUCCUGGAUGAUAAGUUUCCGUUGAUACGAAGCAUCUCUUGUUGGGCACUUUCACGUUUCAGCAAAUAUAUUAUUCAGAUUACUGCUCAUCAAGUAGGCCACGAGCAAUUCGAUAGAGUUCUUAUGGGUCUAUUGCAAAGAAUAUUGGAUGAUAAUAAGCGAGUACAAGGGGCAGCUUGUUCAGCUUUCGCUACACUUGAAGAGGAGGCUGCGGAACAGUUAGCACCACGACUAGAAAUCAUAUUGCAACAUUUAAUGUGUGCCUUUAGCAAAUACCAGAGGCGGAACCUUAGAAUUGUAUAUGAUGCUAUUGGAACAUUAGCAGAUGCUGUUGGAGGAGAACUUAAUCAGCCUAAAUAUCUCGAGAUCCUGAUGCCUCCACUGAUAGCAAAGUGGCAGCAACUUUCUGACUACGAUAAAGAUCUUUUCCCGCUUUUGGAAUGCUUUACAUCCCUAGCUCAGGCACUGGGUACCGGAUUCUCCCAGUUUGCUCAGCCAGUGUUUCAGAGGUGCAUAUAUUGCAUUCAAACUCAUCAGUUGGCAAAGGUCAAUCCUGUGUCAGCUGGUGCACACUAUGAUAAAGAGUUUAUUGUUUGCUCCUUGGAUCUUGUCUCUAGCCUUGCUGAGGGUCUUGGUCCCAGAAUUGAGAGUUUGGUAUCACAAAGUAACUUGAGGGAUAUGUUGCUGCAAUGUUGUAUGGAUGAUGCCUGUGAUGUCCGACAAAGUGCUUUUGCACUGCUUGGAGAUCUUGCUAGAGUUUGUCCAGUGCAUUUGCAUCCUCGCCUGCACGAGUUUCUGGAUGCUGCUGCUAAGCAAUUGAGCACCCCAAAGCUGAAGGAAACUGUGUCUGUUGCCAACAAUGCUUGCUGGGCUCUUGGAGAGCUUGCAGUUAAGGUUCACAAGGAGAUCUCUCCUGUUGUCCUGACUGUGCUCUCGUGCUUGGUCCCAAUACUUAAAUAUCCCGAGGGUCUGAACAAAUCUCUCGUAGAAAAUAGUGCCAUUGCACUUGGAAGACUAGCUUGGGUUUGUCCAGAGCUCGUCUCACCACACAUGGAGCAUUUUAUGCAGCCGUGGUGUGUUGCUUUGUCUGUGAUACGUGAUGGCAGAGAGAAAGCGGAUGCUUUCAGAGGUUUAUGCGCUCUGGUUAGAGCAAAUCCAUCUGGGUCUUUGAAUUCUAUUGUUAUCAUGUGCAAGGCUAUCGCAAGUUGGCACGAAAUGAGUGAGGAUUUACACAAUGAAAUUUGCCAAGUGUUGCACGGUUAUAAACAAAUGCUAAAGGAUGGAGCUUGGGAACAAUGCAUGUCGGCCUUGGAGCCACCUGUCAAGGACAAGCUGUUGAGGCAUCAGGUGUGA